UUUUAAUUAAAUCUUUUUCAAAAUGAAAACUCACGUCGAAGUCUCAAGUUAAAGAAGAAAGGGCAGAAGAGCCCAAUUGGGAGCACCAUCAAACCUUAGAUAUAAAUUAAUGAGUGCUCAUCUUUCAAAGGAUUUAAGAAAGAAAUACAAUGUUAGAGCAUUACCUGUAAGAAAGGAUGAUGAAGUCACAGUUGUUAGGGGCACACAUAAGGGUACAAAGGGUAAAGUUUCUUCGGUUUAUAGAAAGAGGUGGACUAUUUAAAUCGAGAAACUCACAAGAACAAAAGCCAAUGGAAUGCCAUACUAAAUCCCAAUCAGAGCAUCAUAAUGCAUCAUCACAAAACCCUACCUCAAUGAAGACAGAAAAUAAUUGUUAGCAAGAAAGGCCUCAGCCAAGGUUUCAACAAAAGGAAAGGGUGAGAAACACACCACUGAAAGCACUAAGAAAGCUGAUUGAUUUAUUAAAAUAUAGAAGUACAUUAGAAAUAUUUUUGUUGGCCACAUAUAA